CCUCCAUUCACAUGCCACCCUUGUUGUGAACUAUUCUGACAUGCAAGGUUAUGGUUGUCUCAGAUCCAUCUCAAAACUUUAAACACUCGGCAUCAGGGCCCAUCAUUAUUUUCCAAUUGAACAUUCACGUACAAGUGAAUUUGCCUUUUCCCAACCUUUUCAUCCCUGCGGCAAGUAUAGAUUUUUCUGACAAAUCAACAACCCCGCGACGAACAUUCCGAAAAUAUCUACCCACGAAUUCAAUAAAACGAAUCGCUCACCAAUUCCGAGAACCAGCAACAAAUCACUUGCCCGAGACCACCUACCGGAUCCGAUACCUUGCCGUGGUCUAUCCGCAACGGGAUCGGCGCCGCACUCAACAAUCAACAUCCAACCGUAAACCACUGCAUCAAUUGACGUGUAACCACGCCUUUGGUCGACAUGUCGGUUUUCCUGCCCCCCGAGACCAUCACGGUCAAGCGGCGCAAGCGUGGCGCAGAAGACGCGCCUGUCGACUUCCUGAGGGUCGAGGGAAGCAAGCGUUCUCGAAAUGGAGAAGGCAGCUGGGUGUAUCGGCUCAAACAAGCAACAGACAUCAUAGCCCCGCAGCCAACCAUACCGACCAUUCAGACCACGAAAGAAGGCGAUGAGAAGAGACGCAUCAUCAAGCCUCUACCCCGUCCGAGAUCGCAGAGGAUUACACCCCAGCCCGACGUUACGCCAUCCACCGAGCCGACAUCUACGUCCCAGACGGCCAAGGAACCCACUCUUCGACGAUUCCACCUGUCCAAAACCAUUGUAUCGCAAGCCGCAACAUCAGGACCCGUCUCCAAGAAGCGCGCCAACACCGCCAUCUUCGUCGAGCGGAGUUCCAAGCGAAAGUCACUUCACGAGAACCAAGCUCUCGAGCAGUCGAAACCCACGAGCGUUCAAAAUGGUCCGGCCGCCCUUCAGCCCAAGCCCUCGACCGGCUACACCUACCAGGAGCCUCCUCCAGCCGAUCCCAACGACACCGGCGUGAAGCGAUCAUACAAGCGGCCCGGUACGAGGCGCUUCCAACCCCCGGCUGAGUCGUCGAAACCCGGAGCCCACCCUGCUCUUCCCCCAUCGCUGGUCAAUCGCAAUGUCAACGUCGACAUGGAUCAGCUCGCCCAGGAAAUGGACGCCUACACACUCAGCGCUAUUACCAGCCAUCUGAGCAAGCUGGACGAGGCAAGUGCCAAGGCUGCGGAGAGGAAAGCCAAAUUCAAGCCCAAGGCUCCCGCGCUGAGGUACGCGCAACGACACCCGGAGGCUGCGGCUGCGGCUGCUCCUACUAAGGAGGCGGCCCCUCAGGCCACUGCUGCUGCGCCGGUGGAUGAUGAUAUGGACAUCGAUAUGAUGGACACCUCGGAUGAUGACGAGUACGUCAUUGAGGAAUACUACCGCGUGCCCGCCAGCCGGCUCAACGAGGAAGAGGUGGCGGCCACGCAGGUUGGUCUGCUGGUGUUUGAUUCCGAGCCCGAUAAGACCGAGUUCUUCUUUGGCACGGAGGAGGAUGACGAGUAUGAGUUCCCGGAGGAUGAAGAUGAUGAGAACCACGAGAACUACUACGCAGCCGACUACCCCGACGAAGACCUCGAAUGGGACGACGAGCUCGACCGCAACCCUUACGAAUACGUCACGGGCAACGCCUCGGAUAGGGAGGAGUUUGACGCCGAAUUGGAUGACAACGACGACGACGACUUCGUCAAAGCUGACGAGAGAUUCAUGGAUCAUGUCUGGCAGACUAGUAAUGAGAUGGCGGAUAUGGUUGCUUAUGCGAGAGGGUAUGAUGGAGAUAGACCGGAGCCUGCGGUGGCUGGGUUCCCGAGGGGAUUCCCUUAUGAAUAGGAUUGAUAGGGAUGCUUGGCUCUUGGGAGGCUUGGUACGUGGAGGUUAGGUUUAUGGGAUACCCGAGCGAGAGGAGAGGGGAGGAGGUGGCUGAAGGGAGUAUUACCGUCAGUCAUUAUACUAUGAUUGCAUACUCAAGGUGGAUUACUUGCUUAUAGGCUAUCACAUAGUGCGUAGUAUGACGGCAUACCACAAAGCAGUAAAUAUAUGGACUGCACCGGCGGUAGUUGUUACAACACCACAGCAGAGCGGAUAGAGUUAGGAUAUAGUUAACUUCCUCAUAACUCCAUUCAUAUUCGUUCUACAAA